AUGGGGGCUCGGCGUAAGAGGGACCAGCCACGGAGGAAUUUGGAGAAAAGUGGACUAUCAAGAAAAGAUGACGUAGAUUUAAAAAGAAUUGUAUUUGUCAUCCAGAGCCAAAGCAAUGCUUUUCACGCAAAGAGAGCGGAGCAGUUGAAAACAAACAUCUUAAAACAGGCGGCAGAGCUUCAGCAGGAAUACCCCCGAGUUCUUCUCCUUCAUCAGCUGAGGAAACUGGAAGGUACAUGGACCAUUCUUCCAUUGUUACCACACUUUUCUGUAACAUACGGCAGAAAUUCAUCGUGGAUUUUCUUCUGCGAAGAAGAGACAAGAAUACGCAUUCCCAAACUCUUAGAAACACUCAGAAGACAUGACCCCGCUAAGGAGUGGUUCUUAGGAAAGGCGCUCCGCGAUGAUGAGUCCACCAUCAUUCACCAUUACGCCUUCUCGGAAAAUCCUACGUCCUUUAAGUACCCAGACUUCGCGGCUGGCUGGGCCCUCAGCAUUCCACUUGUAAACAAGCUUUCCAAGAGGUUAAAGAACACCUCCCUGAAAUCCGACUUUACAAUAGAUUUAAAACACGAGAUCGCCCUCUACAUCUGGGACAAAGGUGAUGGACCGCCCCUCACCCCAGUGCCCGAGCUCUGUACUGACGAUGCGGGCCCCCACUGUGCCACCACGUUCCACUCAUUCCUCCCGCUUUGCGGAAAUCCAGUGAAGAAGGAAGAUAUCUUUGUUGCAGUCAAAACAUGCAAGAAAUUUCAUGGUGACAGAAUACCGGUGGUCAAGCGGACUUGGGAAGGAGAGGCCGGGAUCAUUGAAUAUUACAGCGACUCCGAGGACAGGGCCAUUCCGACGGUAGAUUUGGGGAUUCCCAACACGGAUCGUGGUCACUGUGGGAAGACAUUUGCCAUUUUGGAACGGUUUUUGAAUCAUAGCCAUGCCAAAUCCCCGUGGCUAGUCAUUGUGGAUGAUGAUACAUUAAUCAGUGUCUCCAGGCUCCGGCACUUGCUCAGCUGCUACGAUUCCCGCGAGCCCGUGUUUCUGGGAGAACGUUAUGGUUACGGGCUCGGCACCGGCGGCUACAGCUAUGUCACUGGCGGAGGAGGAAUGGUCUUCAGCAGAGAGUCCAUCCGGAGGCUCCUGGCCAGCACGUGUCGGUGCUAUAGCAACGAUGCUCCAGAUGACAUGGUCCUGGGGAUGUGCUUCAGUGGACUGGGCAUCCCGGUGACACACAGCUCUCUGUUCCACCAGGCUCGGCCAGUGGACUACCCGCAAGAUUACCUUGCUCACCAGAUUCCCAUCUCAUUCCAUAAACACUGGAACAUCGACCCCGUGAAGGUGUAUUUCACGUGGCUGGCGCCCAGUGAGGAGGACGGAGCUGCCCAGGAGACUCGGGUGCACGCUAAAGAGGAGUUAUGA